CGAGGGUGGGAGGCAGCGAAUCACUCGAAGACGAGAGGGAGAGAGAAGGAUAGAAUGGGAGAAUAGAUUUGCAGAGAGAGAAAGAACUCCGCCGAAUCGGAGCUGCAGCCGCCGCCGCCGCACCAUCAUCUCAUUCUCUCUUUCUCUCUCGCCGUGACGAUUAUUCCAUAAUUUUGAUUCCCACUCCAAAACCUAGACUCGCAUAAGUUGCGGAUAUAAUCGUUUCUUCCUUGUCGCCAACAGCAAUAGGUUAAUACGUAAUAUCGAGAUUUAUUAUUUAUUGUAGGAUUAUUUUUUCUGAAACCCUAAUUGCGAGAGGUAUAGAGGGAGAGAGAUAGAGGGGAGAGAUGGCGCAGAAUGGGCAGGGAAUAGAGCCCGCUCUUUUGGAUGAUAUAAUCAAUCGGCUAUUGGAGUUCAGAAACGCCAGAACCGUACGGCAGGUUCAACUCUCGGAGAACGAGAUCCGCGCUCUCUGUAAUGCUUCCAGAGAAAUCUUCCUACAGCAGCCCAAUCUCUUGGAGCUCGAAGCCCCCAUUAAGAUCUGCGGUGACAUUCAUGGGCAAUAUAGUGACCUUUUGAGGCUUUUUGAAUAUGGUGGGUUUCCUCCUGAUGCCAACUAUUUGUUCUUAGGGGACUAUGUAGACCGUGGAAAGCAGAGUUUGGAAACAAUAUGCCUUCUACUUGCAUACAAAAUCAAGUACCCCGAGAACUUCUUUCUGUUAAGGGGGAAUCACGAGUGUGCUUCAAUCAACCGGAUAUACGGGUUCUAUGAUGAAUGCAAGCGUCGAUUUAAUGUCAGAAUAUGGAAAACUUUCACCGAGUGCUUCAACUGUCUCCCAGUAGCUGCUCUCAUCGAUGAUAAAAUACUUUGCAUGCAUGGUGGUCUUUCUCCAGAUCUAACAAGUUUAGACCAAAUUAGGAACUUACCUCGCCCAACAGAUGUUCCGGACUCGGGUUUGCUUUGUGAUUUACUUUGGUCAGAUCCCAGUAGAGAGAUUAAAGGCUGGGGAAUGAAUGAUCGGGGUGUUUCAUACACCUUUGGUUCUGAUAAGGUAGCAGAAUUCUUGAUGCAGCAUGAUAUGGACCUUGUUUGCCGUGCACAUCAGGUCGUGGAAGAUGGAUAUGAGUUUUUUGCUGAUAGGCAGCUCGUAACUAUAUUUUCUGCUCCCAACUACUGUGGUGAAUUUGAUAAUGCUGGUGCAGUAAUGAGUGUUGAUGAAAGUCUCAUGUGCUCUUUCCAGAUUUUAAGGCCAACAGAUAGAAGGCCUAGGUUCUUAUAAAAUUCAAGUUCCUUGGUGCUAGCGUAUUCUUAUUAGGACCAAAGGUGAGUAUGAGUAAACAUUGUGUACUGCAUCCUUCCAGAUCCAUUGGUAGUCUGGUAGAGACUAGAGCCAACCUAUAAGGCGAUGACAAGUGUAUUUUGAAAG